AUGUCUCCAGGGGCUCAGUAUACGGAAAGGCCGGCGAGCGGGUCCAAGUCCCAGUUCCAGCCAGGUCACAAGAUCCCAAUCCAGCAUCUGACAAAGCCAGGGCUACAGGCUGACAUGGAAGAUCCAAAGCCUGUUUCGUCCCAAAUUCCGACUGAUGAUGGCGACUACCAGCUCUACAAGGCCGCGGGUAAACUUGAAGGAAAGAGGGCCAUUAUCACUGGUGGAGACUCGGGUAUUGGACGAGCCACGGCCAUUCUUUUUGCAAUGGAAGGUGCAUCAAGCCUGAUAAUUUACUUGCCUGAGGAGGAGAAGGAUGCGCAGGAAACAAAGAAGAAAGUUGAAGAAGCCGGCCGUCAAUGUCACUGUCUUGCCAUUGACAUCCGCAAAAAGGAAAACUGCAAGAAAAUCGUCGAUACGGCCCUUCAGACCAUGGGUGGCAUCGAUAUUCUCGUCAACAAUGCCGCCUUUCAACAUAUGCUGAGCGAUAUCAGUGAACUCGAUGAGGACCAGUGGGAAAAGAGCUUUGACACCAAUAUCCACUCUUUCUUUCAUCUUUCCAAAUACUCCCUUCCCCAUAUGAAAUCUGGAUCCACCAUCAUCAACUGUGCUUCUAUCAAUCCAUAUAUUGGCCGGGGAGAUCUGCUUGACUACACGUCUACCAAGGGGGCAAUUGUAGCCUUCACAAGAGCUCUGUCGAACCAACAAAUCAAGAAGGGCAUUCGUGUUAAUUGUGUUUGUCCAGGACCAAUCUGGACUCCACUGAUUCCAUCCACAAUGCAAACUGCUGCUAUGGAACAAUUCCAUGCAGUGCCAAUGGGCCGCCCUGGGCAGCCUAGUGAGGUCGGGACCUGCUUUGUUUUCCUUGCAAGUCAUGACAGUAGCUAUAUCUCUGGACAAUGUCUGCAUCCCAAUGGCGGCGUUGUGGUGAACGGUUAA